UGACUAGGCUUAAAUAUAUUUAUUGCAAACUAGUUUGAGUCCAGCCCAGCCCUAGUCCACACAUCUUACAGCAAAAUUUUACAGUUCUUACACCCCUAGCAAUAACCAGAGCUAAGAUGUGCGGCGGCUGGGCAUGUGCCUCUUACCAUUUGGCCUGCAAUAAUCCACCGUUGUCCACUGUGCGCUUCACUGGCAGAGAUUUCAUACCCACACCAUGUGGACCCUGCGAUCCUUGCCAUGUGAAAGACACAAGCUUUAGUCGCGGCGGUUGCUCAGUUCCAAUGAAGCCCAUAGUCGAGACAUUUCCAUGUCCCGAUAUUUCGGGUGCGCCUAAACCCGAAGCUGUGGCUCCUAUCAAAGCUGAGGCUCCUACCAAAGCUGAGGGUGCUAGCAAGUUGCAAGAGCAGUGGCAACAAGCUUACCAGAAAGUUAAAAGCGGCAACUUGCCGGCCAACGACAACAAAAACAAUUAUUUACAUAUCUAUGUUGAAAUACAGAGAUAAUGAAAAUAAUGUCCUAAAUUAAUGCAGACUGGAAGUUCAGCAAUAUAAUUAUUAUUUAAAUUAGAAACAAACCAACUGCCAAUAUAAAUAACAUUU